CUGGAACAGAGACCACGCUGCUCUUUGUAUCUCGCUCUGUCUCACUCCAGUCUCCGGUCAGUCUUCUAGUAUGAAUCUCCGUAAUCCUUUCGGUUUUCUGUACGAUUUACCAGCACAACAUCUUCAUCGAAUCAUUUUUAUAAAGAAAAAUUAGAAGAGAAAAAGUAAAGAACGUCGAUGGAUAAUGGGUCGAUGGAUUCUGGGUCUCAUGGUCAUGAAGGAUCUGCAGCAUCUUCUUCAAAUUUAUCGGCUUUAGCCCCACCUUUUACGGUUGUGACAAAACCCAUUGUAAGCCCGCUUGGGGAUUGGACUGAAUUCUCUUAUGGUGUUCCCUUGAGUUCUUCUCUGCACAAUUGGCUCCCUUCCGACUAUCCUGAUUCUGGACUUGGUUUAUAUUCAAACCACGCUACAGAAUACGAUCCGAUGCUUUCAUCGGAUGCAUAUGGUUACGGUGCCUCUCAUGAUAUUCAUUCACCCUAUACCCACUCGUCUUCAGUGAACCCUAUCGCCUCGGUUUCGGUCGAUGGCGUGGCAACUAGUACUGUUGAAGCCCAGCUAUAUUAUCCCUCAUAUAUCCCGCUCCCAAUUGAAGACCAUGAUCCUAUGGUGUUUCCAGAUGAAACUAGUUAUGAUUUGUCAUCGAGUUCCCAUGUUGUCACCUUGGAUGGGUCCUCCUCCAAGAACGAUCAUACUCAAUGUGGUUGCCACCUUGAAGGGGGUUUCUGCUCAAAGGAGUUGACUGUAUCUGGUUCGUCCUCCGUUUUCAUGAAUGAUGCGAACCUAGGAGCUCAAGCCUCCAAAGGUUCAUACACAUGUGAAGAAGGUUCCAAUAUCAUUGAUAUGUUGGAUCAGGAAAAGCACAGUGGAUGUUCAAAUAUGGAAUGGCCUAGCAAUAAAUCCUUCCCAGUCAACAAUCUGCCAACCAUGCCCAUUGAUUAUUCAAAAACAUCUACCAUAGGUGCCCCUUCGCUACUUCUAGAAAACCCACCUAAAAAACCCUCCUUUGAAGAAGUCACAAAGAUGUACGAACGUCAAGUGCCAUGCAUUGCUUCAUAUGAGAAACACACUAGGCAUUGUAAUGCUAGUAUGAGCGGCAGUGCAUACUUCUACAGGUCUGCACCGGAUGUCGACACCAGCAUGUCUGCACCAAAUACAGGUGCCCCUUCGCUACUUCUAGAAAAGCCUCAUAAAAAGUACUCCUUUGAAGAAAUCACACAGAUGUACGAACGUCAAGUGCCAUGCAUUGCUUCACAUGAGAAACACAUUAGGCAUUGUAAUGCUAGUAUGAGUGGCAGUGCAUCAUGCGUGACAUCUUCUCCUUCACUUGUCAUUAGACCUCCAGAUGUCGACACCAGCAUGUCUGCACCAAAUACAGGUCCACUUGAGGAUAUGAAUUUUGGGACCGAUAUGACUGAUCCAAAUGUUUGUGGUAAUAGUCCCUCCUACGUAAAUGAGUCCUUUCCCUUGUUAGGCUCUAAAAACAAAGUUCGGUUUGAUACAAGCCAACUCAGAAUGCACCUAGACACAAAUGAUUCUAUUAGUAUGGAAUCAUUAUCAUUAAAAAAUGAAGAGCUUUCAAAGAAGAAAGAAAUUUCUGAGGAUGCCUUGGAUCAAGUCUUUAAACCAAAAUCUGGAUUUCAAAUAUCUCGUACAAGUUCAGAUGGCUUCAAUUUGACACUUGAUCCUAUUGAGAAUUCUUCUGAGAGCUUAGAUUAUUAUAACCCUGUUGUGGACUCACCAUGCUGGAAAGGAGCUCCAGUUAUUUGUUUUCCUCAAUUUGAAGCUUCUGAAGCCAUCGGUUCUCAAUAUAUGAGAAAAAUAGAAUCAUGUAGUAGUUCUGAUUGUCAGGUGCCUAAGGUCUUCCCUCUUGCCAUUGAUGAUGCAGUAAAAUUCUCAUCUCAAAAUCCAAAUGAGAAGACAAUGUAUGUGGGAAGAGGCCUAGCGCCUGCUCCAAAGGGGCCUUCAGAUGCUAACUCAUUAUUCAGAGAUCCCAGAUCUGAUGGUUCUUUAAAUGCAAAUGAUGGAUCCUUUCUUUCAAAAUCAUGCUACGACUACACAGUUCAACAUACUGAUAGCAUUUGUGAACCAUGGGAAGACCAUGCCUUGCCCAGCAUGUCCACAGUUGGUUCAGACUUAACACUUUCCCUCACCAGGCAGCAAAAUUUUGAAUCAAGCAAAAUGAUUCCUGAAAAGCACUCAUCAGAGACUUGUGUUGAAGAUCCUGGAUCUAGUAUCAGUGAUGCUACAAGUUCACUUGAUGUGUCUUUCUAUUCCUCUGGAUAUGGCCUGUCUUCAUCAUCUUCAGCAGAAGAUUCUUCUGCUAAGCUUACCGAACUGCAUGAGCCAGAUUCAACCCCAAAAAUAGAUGUCCAGAUGCUGAUUAAUAUAAUGCGUAACAUGUCUGACUUGCUUCUAUUUUACUCUUCAAAUGAUUCACUUGAACUGAAGGAUGGAGACUGUGAGGUCCUUAAGGAUGUCAUCUUUAAUCUCCAUCGAUGUAUAUUAAAGGACGGUGAACAAAUGACUGCAACACGAGAAUCAAUAUUUCCGCAGCAAGGCACAAGUCAAUAUCUUGAAGAUUUACCAAAGCUUCCGAAGGAAGUGAAUGUAGACAGGCCUAGAGUGACAAAAGAAGCAGCUGUUAUCACUCGGGAUCAGCUUGAGCAUAAGGGUCUUCACGAGGAAAAGCAUCAUAAUAUUGGUUCUGGUAAUAAAAUGGAGAUGAUAUCAGAUUUUGUUUCUGUGAAGGGUGGUGCCAACAUGGUGGAAAAAGAUAACAUGACGCAGGCUAUUAUGAAGGUUCUCAGUGAGAAUUGUGAUCAUGAGGAAGAAAUGCAGCCAAAUGGCUUCUUGUAUAAAACUUUGUGGCUAGAAGCAGAAGCUGAAUUAUGUUCCAUCAACUAUAAGGCUCGCUAUAAUCGUAUGAGGAUUGAGAUGGAGAAAUCUGAGUUGCACGAGGCAAAAGUAAAUACCCUGGAUGUGGAGAAAAGACUAAGAUCCAAGGCUUACUGUGAUUUAAACGCGGUUGACAAAUUAAUACCUAAGGCCAAGGUUGGCCCUUACUCUGGUAUUUCCAUCCAGGAUACCCCUUCCAUGCAGCAUGUUAUGGCUAGAUAUGGUAUUCUAAAACACCGGAUUGACCACUCAAAUUCCGCUACUACUUUAGAGGAAGCAUCAAGCUCAAAAGCGUAUCCUGAGUUGAACAAGGUUGACCAAUUGACACCUGAAACAGCUCAAGCAAAGUGUCCAGCCCAUGAUAUGUCCAUCCAGACUUCUCCUAUCAUCAGCCCAACCUGCCAUGCAAAUGAUGUUAUGGCUAGAUUUAAUAUUCUAAAAGGCCAAGGUGGCUGCAUAAAUCCUAUCAAAGCUACAAAUGUAGAGGAACCACCGACCUCAAGUGUUUCUCCUCUUUUGAAUGAGGUUAAGAAAGACACCCUGAUCCCAGAUAUUUCCAUCCAGAAUUCUCCCAUUUCAACCAGAAGCCCCAACACAGAUGACGUUGAGGAUUUCAUCAUGACCAGAUUCCAUAUCCUUAAGUGCAGGGAUGACAACUCGAGAUCCAUGGAUGUGAAAAGGCAAGAAACGACAGAGGUGUUUCAUCUUGGGUUUUCAGGUGAGAAAAACCACCAGCCAAUUAGUAGUGAGAGGUCAGAGGAUGGAAGUGUGGAUGUAAAAUUGGGACCAGUCUUGCAGCAUUGCACUGCCAACAGUCCUGAAGACAAGUUAACAGUGAAGGAGUUUCAUCUUCGUGAGGUUGAUCCAACGGUCCAAUCUCGCCACUCCAACAGGCUUGGGGAUCCACUUGCCGCAGGUUGGUAUGAUAGCAGUUCAUCAGAUUGGGAACAUGUAACGGAGGAGGAGCUUAUGGGUUAGACCUGUUAAGCUCAAGUUGGACCUUAAUGUUCCUUUGGUAAAGGGUUUCAUAUUUUCUGAAAGAAAGCCAUGCAGUUUCUUUGUAAUAUAACAUGGGACUUACUUUCACAACAGUAUAUAUGACUGCUCUUUGAACUUAGCCUUUAAACAUAAUCUGGAUUUUUAGAA